CAAGAAACAGCAGCUUAAUUAUGCAUUGUCGCUACAGCCAGACCCUUAAUUAUGCAUCGUCGCGCUACCAAGGCAGACCCAGACAUCGCCGGCGACGUUUGCAGCGGCCGACAUUCCUUUCAGUCCCUGUAACUCAAUGGACCUUGCAAAGCCCAAAUCCCGGCCAACAUUAAAUAUCUUCAUGGUCACAUCGCCAUACUCGCCCGAGUUCUCCUAUUUCCAGUCAGCGCUCCGCCAUUCCUCCAUCAUUGCGCUCGACGCCGAAUGGAAGCCCGUCAGAUCGCGGCAGAUUGCCGACAGCUCCGAAGACUAUGUAGGUGAGCCUACUUUUCCGACUGUUACACUCCUCCAAAUCGCCUGCAGGGUUAGUCACGGGGUUUCCGAUGCGGAAGUCUAUUCUGUGGGAAACUCUCCGGUUUUUCUUGUGGAUCUGCUCUCAAUACCUCUUUCGACCAUCUGGGAGCUUCUUAGGGACAUGUUCGUGUCUCCCUGUGUGCUUAAGUUGGGAUUCAGGUUCAAGCAAGAUCUGGUCAAUCUCUCUUCCACCUUCGCUUCUCAGGGUUUCCCUUCUGGGUUCGAUAGGAUUGAACCAUUUAUUGAUAUCACUAGCAUGUACUAUCAUUUGAAGCAGCUGAACGGGGGUAAAAAGUUUCCGAAGGAUACCAUAAGCUUGGCUACUAUUUGUUGGGAAAUACUAAGCAUCUCUCUAUCUAAGGAACUCCAAUGCAGUGACUGGUCUUCUCGUCCCCUUACUGAAGGGCAAAUAUCGUAUGCUGCAGCAGAUGCAUAUUACCUGCUUGAAGUGUUUGCUAUAUUUGAGCAUGAGUUUCUGACCAAAGAAACAGGAAUAUACAAACUGACGGAAUUGAGUUCUAGAACUGGUGGGCUGAAGGAAUUGUUUACGGAUUUUAAUGCAUGCAAGAAUGUUGUGCGAACUAAGUACUGCAGCGCAUCUGAUAUGAUGAAAGCAUGUUAUCCAAUAAUUAAUUUUUUAGGCAAUGCUGCAAUGGGAUCUAGCUCACAGCCUGUUUGUGAAGCUAGCUAUAUUCUAGAUAAGCACAUCUUAGACAUUGCCAAGUUUUAUGGUGAAAAAAUUGUAUUGAAGGAAGCAGACCGAAAACCUAGGCUCUCGAGGAGAAAGAGAGUACGACAAUUAUCCGGAAAUACAAAGAGUAUAGAGCAGUUUGGAAUUAACAACAAUUGGCAGGGCCGCUUGCCAUGGGAUCCUGCUUUUGGUGGUGAUGGCUGCUCAAAGUUUCUUUGUGAUGUUAUGGUGGAAGGUUUAGCACGUCAUCUACGGUGUGUUGGAAUAGAUGCUGCUAUCUCAUCCUUCAAAAAACCUGAUCCAAGACAGUUGCUGGAUCAAGCAUACAAAGAAAAAAGAGUGCUUCUAACACGAGAUGCUAAGCUCCUGAAACACCAAUAUUUGGCGAGUAAUCAAGUUUACAUGGUGAAGAGUUUGCUAAAAAACGACCAACUACUUGAGGUGAUUGAAACCUUUCAUUUGAAUAUUUCUGAGGAACAGCUCAUGUCAAGAUGCACAAAAUGCAACGGUAGCUUCAUUCAAAAACCAUUGACAUAUGAGGAAGCUAUUGAAGCUUCCAAAGGGUUCCAAAUCAUUCCUAACUGCCUCUUUGACAAAGAUACAGAAUUUUGGCAGUGCACUGACUGCAGGCAGCUAUACUGGGAGGGAACCCAAUAUCAUAAUGCAGUCGAAAAGUUUGUCAACAUAUGCAAGCUGAGCACAUGAUCCGCACAUCGGCUCUUUUUACAAUCCAGUCCUGGCUUUGAAAAUUUAGGCCCGAGAAGUCCUCAUGACUACACACUCAUGUAAAUAUUCAGUAGGUGUCAUAGGUGUUAGACCUUGGUAUAUGAAAUAAGAGAGAUAAGACUGAUCAAGGCUGUCGUUAAUUCUUCUCACUAUUUCUUGCUUGCACAUUUCUUUGCUGGAUAGCUAAAAUGGCAAGGAAGAAGUGAAAGGUUUGACCAAAUGUUCCUUCUUGAACAAUUAGCUCAAAUUUACGUACCUGCACUAUUUUGUAUUUUUAUUUUUUAUUGAUAAUUAAAUGGGGAUGUUGGAGGAAUAA